AUGCCUGCCCUCACCUCUGGCCUCAUCCUCGUCACCGGCGCCUCCGGCUUCAUCGGCACCCACACCGUCUCGGCCCUCCUCGACGCCGGCUUCUCGGUCCGUGUCACGGCCCGCUCCAAGCCCAAGGCCGAGCACGUCCGCGAGCUCUUCCCCGGCAACGAGGACCACAUCACCUACUCGAUCGUCCCCGAGAUCAGCGAGAAGAACGCUUGGGACGAGGCCGUCAAGGGUGUCGACGGUGUCAUCCACCUCGCUUCGCCCGUGACCCUCGCCCACACUGGCGACCCCGACGAGAUCAUCCGCCCCGCCGUCGACGGCGUCGUCCACCUCCUCGAGAGCCUCCAGAAGUACAACCCCUCGGUCAAGCGCGUCGUCCAGAUCUCGUCGUCGGCGGCUGUUGGAGGCGUUGACCGCCCCGACGUUUACGCUUUCACCGAGAAGGACUGGAACGACGCCAUCGUUGCCGUCGUCGAGAAGGAGGGCGCUGCCGCCUCUGGUGGUGCCAAGUACUCUGCCUCCAAGACGCUCUCGGAGAAGGCCUUCUGGAAGUUCAUCGCCGACAACAAGCCUACCUGGGACGGUGUUUCCAUCAACCCCGUCUUCAACUUUGGCCCUGCCACUCAGUUCGCCCACGCCGACGCUGGUGCCCUGACCUCGUCGCUUGUCCUCCUCACCCCCUACCUCAACCCUGGCGCCCCGCAGCAGCUCCUCGAGACCCCCUACGGCUCCCUGGUCGACGUGCGCGACGUCGCCUUCGCCAGCGUCAAGGCCCUCACGACCCAGGAGGCCGCUGACGAGCGCUACCUCCUCUCGGCCGACAAGAUCUGGGGCAACGACAUCGCCCUCGCUGUCGAGACGGUCAUUCAGGAGCCCGGCUACCUGAAGGCCAACGCCGACCCCGAGUACCGUGCCACUCUCGCCACCAAGAAGUCGUACUUCGACGGCUCCAAGGUCGAGAAGGCCUUCGGCUUCACCUACCGCAAGAAGGACGACACGCUCCGCGAGUCGGUCGAGGCUAUUCAGAACGCCAAGAAGUCGAAGCUUUAG